AUGUUCCGUCCCCCAAUAGUGCGCGCCUUCUCCCGCGUCUCUCUCCGGCCGGUCACAGCCUCGAGCUCCCGCAUCCCAUCUCAGAUUCCUCGCUCCGCAACCUCAGGACGAUUUCGCGGUCCCAGUUCAGCGGCUCUUCUGCCCUCAACACAAGCCUUUGGCUGCUUCCUAUACCGUCCAUUCUCUCGGUCCGCUCGCAGCGAUGGAUGGGACGACCCCAAUUCCAAGCAUUCCCUUGACUGGGCGAAAGAGGAGUUUAGUAUGAUCUGGAAAUUCAUGAGCUCCAUCAUGUCGUCCUGCCUUCUAUUGCUUGGUUUAUACUACUACAACAUGGAAACCGUGGAGCUGACAGGUCGCCGGCGAUUCAACUGCGUACCUCCCUGGCUGGAGAGGCAAAUAGGAGACAGUGAAUACCGGAAUAUCCUCAGCCAGGUGGAGGGAAGAAUCUUGCCCGCUGACGACUUUUUCAGUGAGGAGGUGAACCGCGUCUGCGCCCGACUGGUCGCUCAUGCACCGAUACACUAUGCGGACUGGAAAGUGCAUGUCAUUAAUGAUUUCUCGGAAGAGAACGCUUUUGUCCUUCCCGGAGGCAGGGUCUUCGUGUUUACGGGCAUUUUACCGCUCUGCAAGGAUACCGAUGGUCUUGCGGCUGUGCUGGGUCAUGAAAUUGCCCAUGUGCUUGCCGGCCAUGCCGCAGAAGAGAUGAGCCGUGAUAUCUUUAGAACCCUCAUUCGUUAUGCGUUAAUCACCAUUUUCGGCCAUUUGGGACAACUCGCCUCUGGUUUAAUCAAGAGCGACGUUAAUCUGCCCAAAUCGCGAGAGCAGGAGGCGGAGGCCGACACUAUCGGAUUGAUGCUAAUGGCCAAAGCGUGCUACAACCCCGGCGCUGCGGUCAAAUUUUGGGAACGCAACCACAAGCUCGAUGGCGAGGCUGUACCUCAGAUCAUGUCAACACAUCCAACGGUGAGCCAGACAUUACUCCGAACAAAUACUCCUCUCCUACGCUCAAGGCUAACCCAUGGAAGCAUUUCACCCGUAUGCAAGACUUGGGCAAUAAGUACCAUAACCCACCCUCCUUCGAUUGAGCCCUACUAA